AUGAUCAGAUGGGCUGCUGGAGGGAGUAAGGCUGCCUCUGCCUCGUCCUGCUCCAGGGCUGGGUUAGGGGCUCACGCUGGGACCAGACUGAGGUCCCCAUCCACACUGCUUUCCUCCCUGUCUUUGCCUCUCCUGGUUGCCCUGGUGUUUUUUUCCUUCUCCCUACCGGGGGCAGCUUGCCAUCAGCCCCGCAGAGACAGACUAAGGCUCGCCAACCCUCGAACUCUCAGGGUCCCACUGAACAUUUCUGAGACUGAGGUCGUGUCUAGGCCCAGGGCCACUGGGGGCCCCCUGGGUCGGACUGGGGGGCCACAAGGCAGGCAUGUGCGCAGCUACAAUCAUCUCACAGGGGACAUGCGGAGGAGGAAGCUGUUCUCUUUCCAGAAGUUUUUCCUGAGGAUCGAUAGGGACGGAAAGGUCAAUGGAACCAAGAGCAAGGAUGACCCCCUCAGCAUUCUGGAAAUCACAUCGGUGGACGUGGGAGUGGUGGCCAUCAAAGGGCUGAACAGCAACUACUAUCUGGCUAUCAGCAGGAAGGGAGAGCUGUACGGAGCGAGAGAGUUCGGUGUUGACUGCACCCUGAAGGAGCGCAUUGAGGAGAACGGCUACAACACGUACGCAUCAGCUGAGUGGAGGAACAAGAAGCGGCAGAUGUUUGUGGGUCUGAAUGUCCACGGGAAGCCGCUGAGAGGGAAGAAAACCCGCAGGAAGAACACGGCCACCCACUUCCUUCCAAUUAUGGUGUGAACUGGAGGGAUCAACAGGGGGAGGAGGAUAAGCAGCACUGGACAGAGAGGUUUUCAAUAAUAAAAAAGCUGUAAAAUAAAGACAUUCACUGAGAAAUCUCAUAUUGGAAACAAGGCACUAACACUGUUACACAAAAAAAUAUGGUAUCUGCUCCUGACUUUUACUGAGAUCACGUACUUUAUUUAGUGGGAAAGGAUGAUAUCUGUGUUUUCUGUGGCACCGGAUGCAAUAUUUAUCCUUCUUUUCUGUGCCAAACUGUUGCAACUGGAGUAUGUGUGUAAUGCAGACAACACAGCUAAUACUGCGGUAGAUGCAGAAGAUGUUAUUUAUAAUCCACAUUUUACAGUGAAAACCCAGAUAAUCCGCAAGAUAAAAGGAGAGAUGAGACUAGACAAGAUGAGGGACAUGAUUGGUCAGUUCAUCACCACAGCAUGAAUAAUAGAGGAUGCAACACAUUUAAAGCAAAUGUUUGAUACUUAACCACUGUGUUUUGACUGUAAUGUAAUGAUUUAUUUAUUUUUGUGAAAUAUUUAACUGGAGGGGAAUACUUACAAGGCAAGCAUUCCUUUGCAUUCUUUAC